AUGUGCAUGGUGAGGAAUGUGGGUGUGUGUGUGUUGCAGGGUGACAAGCAUAUGCACCCAGUUCAGAACUACAUACCAGAAUUGAGAAGUUCCAUUUGGAAGGUGGAAAAUAACCUGCAUGUUAUCAUCCACUAUGCCACCCCUCGUUUGACUGUAAACUCGGACAACCAAACUUCUGGCUGUGUUCCCUACACUUGGAACUGGCAAGUUCUACUGCUGUCUUUAGCUGCUUUCUCUCCCCCUACCCAUUUGCCUCAAUGGACCCUUAUUUUUCCCAGCGUUACGUACAAAUAUGUAUGUAUGUAA